CGGGCCUCUUCCUGCGGCUGAGGACGCGCUCGGGCGGUGCUUCGAGAUCGCGGCUCGGCGGUGGUGACGAGCCCGCGCCCGGCGGAGCUGUGAAUCUGAGCAAUUUGCAAGUGUGGCAGACAGCAAGUCUGAGCUUAUUCUUCAUUAACUGGCGAACUGCUCCACUUGUGUGUCUGGGAUAAUGCUCCUACAGAGUGUUGCAUGUAAAAUAAGGUUCUUCUUCACGUAGCCAAAUAGAGCUAUAACCGUUCUGUAGUUUAAUUUAAAUUGUGCCAAAAAUAUUUUGCUUCAUGUUGGAUGCAGGGCUCCCAUCUGACAGUCUUCCAAAAAUGAUCUUAUUCUUCCUAAAUUUAAUUUUUUUCUCUUUUAAAUGCUGCGCGUGUUUAUUUUAAGGUUUACUUCAUUCUCAUUUGGUCAUUGCUUUUCCCAUAGUUCAGUGGUUUCCCGUUUCUCACUCCAUUUCUGGAGGGGUAGAAGCCUGUGACUAUCAGUGUGGAAGCAGAACACCUUUCUGUUCUUUUAAUAGAUUUUUUUUUUUUUUUUACAAAAAGUUAAGCUUAUUGCUUUGAAUAAUUAAAUUAAAUGAAUUAAAUGUAAUCCUAAGUGAAUAGCUAUCGAAAAUGAAAUUUAGGCAAGCAAUGCCCUUGUAAAAAGGGUUAAUUUACAUUAGAAUUAGAAUUUAGUGGUUGAAUGUGAAAGGCCUGUGCAGUUUGCAGCUGUUAUUACUCUCAGAAAAUGAAUAUUUGGAGUGGAAGUGUGGUGAGCAUCAGGCAGCAUCGUUCAUCUUUGCAGAUGUGGUAGCAUUAUUAGCAUCCCUCUUACCUCUGGGGCACAGUUAUCUUCAAUUUCCAGACAGAAGUUUUAUCUUCUAUCAAAUUCUGGCUCUGCAGUGUAGCUGUUGAGCAGUGCUGUGCUGUUUAUUAGGUUCCAGCCUGCCUUAAAUCUCUGCUAAAUGUGGGAGGGAGAGAUACCUCGUGGCUCCAAGCAAGGAGCUAGAGUGAGCACCCUGUUACUUCAGAUAUUUUUUCCUUUGAUAGAAUAGUUUUAAGGAUUCAGGGAGGCAGGCAGUUUGCUAACUUUAUAGUGUGUGUGUUCUGUUUGCUAAAGAAUCUUUGUGCAGCUGUGGUGAAAAUAUUUUUAAUGUUGUUGUUUUCUUCUGCUUUAUCCUCUGCAAUCCAGGUGUUGUUAAUCUGGGCUGUGAAUUUGUAACUGGGUCUUGAAGUGUAGGGUGAAGGUUUCUCUUCACAGUGCAUGGACGGAAAGCCAAUGCGCAGGUGUACCAGCACUCGCCCAGGAGAGACCGGAAUGGACGUGACCAGCCGCUGCACCCUCGGAGAUCCCAACAAGCUGCCUGAAGGGGUGCCGCAGCCCGCGCGCAUGCCCUACAUCUCCGACAAGCACCCGCGGCAGACCCUGGAGGUCAUCAACCUGCUGCGAAAGCACCGGGAACUCUGCGAUGUGGUGCUGGUAGUGGGGGCCAAGAAGAUCUACGCCCACAGGGUGAUCCUGUCAGCCUGCAGCCCCUACUUCCGAGCCAUGUUCACUGGGGAGCUGGCGGAGUCGCGGCAGACGGAAGUCGUGAUCAGGGACAUCGAUGAACGGGCCAUGGAGCUGCUCAUCGACUUUGCCUACACCUCGCAGAUCACUGUGGAAGAGGGAAAUGUCCAGACCUUGUUGCCAGCUGCUUGCCUUCUCCAGCUGGCUGAGAUCCAGGAGGCCUGCUGUGAGUUCCUCAAGAGACAGUUGGACCCUUCCAAUUGCCUGGGCAUCCGGGCUUUUGCUGACACUCACUCUUGCCGUGAAUUGCUGAGGAUUGCUGACAAAUUCACACAGCACAACUUCCAGGAGGUGAUGGAGAGUGAGGAGUUCAUGCUGCUUCCUGCCAACCAGCUCAUAGACAUCAUAUCCAGUGAUGAGUUAAACGUGCGCAGUGAAGAGCAAGUGUUCAACGCUGUGAUGGCCUGGGUGAAAUACAGCAUUCAGGAGAGAAGACCCCAGCUGUCACAGGUCCUGCAGCAUGUCCGUCUGCCCCUGCUGAGUCCCAAGUUUCUUGUGGGUACAGUGGGUUCUGAUCCACUCAUUAAAAGCGAUGAGGAAUGCAGGGAUCUGGUGGAUGAAGCCAAAAACUACCUGCUGCUGCCCCAAGAGCGGCCACUGAUGCAGGGACCGCGAACAAGGCCACGCAAACCCAUCCGCUGUGGAGAGGUACUCUUUGCAGUGGGGGGCUGGUGCAGCGGGGACGCGAUUUCCAGCGUGGAGCGCUAUGACCCCCAAACUAACGAGUGGAGGAUGGUGGCUUCCAUGAGCAAGAGGCGCUGUGGCGUCGGGGUCAGCGUCCUGGAUGACCUCCUCUAUGCUGUGGGAGGCCAUGAUGGCUCCUCUUACCUUAACAGUGUAGAAAGGUAUGAUCCAAAGACCAAUCAGUGGAGCAGUGAUGUGGCUCCCACCAGCACCUGCAGGACCAGUGUUGGGGUAGCAGUUCUUGGAGGUUACCUCUAUGCUGUGGGUGGCCAAGAUGGUGUCUCUUGUCUCAACAUCGUGGAAAGGUAUGAUCCGAAAGAAAACAAAUGGACUCGAGUGGCUUCCAUGAGCACCAGGCGCCUGGGAGUGGCGGUGGCUGUGCUGGGAGGCUUCCUCUAUGCUGUGGGAGGCUCUGAUGGAACAUCUCCCCUCAAUACUGUGGAACGCUACAACCCCCAGGAGAACCGCUGGCACACGAUUGCCCCCAUGGGCACGAGGAGAAAGCACCUGGGCUGUGCCGUGUACCAGGACAUGAUCUAUGCUGUGGGAGGCAGGGAUGACACCACAGAGCUCAGCAGUGCUGAGCGGUACAACCCACGCACCAACCAGUGGUCUCCCGUGGUCGCCAUGACGUCCCGGCGGAGUGGAGUUGGCCUGGCCGUGGUGAAUGGACAGCUAAUGGCAGUGGGGGGCUUUGAUGGCACAACGUACCUGAAGACCAUUGAGGUGUUUGAUCCAGAUGCUAACACAUGGAGGUUGUACGGCGGGAUGAACUACCGGCGGCUGGGUGGAGGCGUGGGGGUUAUCAAAAUGACACACUGUGAAUCCCAUAUAUGGUAAGCUUCCAGAGGGAGGGAGUCCCCUGGCUUCUCAUUCCUAGAAAAACUGAAGAGACUUGUUGACACUGGACCUCUUUGCAGCUCUAGUAUGCACGGUCUAGAUCCAAUGUAACUCUUUGCCGGUGAACUCCUUCUAUGGAAUUAUAAAAAUGGACUUCUGUGAGUGUGCCCAGCGGGAGACCACGUUGUCAGACUCCAGGGAACCACUGGACAAAAGUAGAAGUGUUCCUUAUGUCCGUGUUUUUUCUAAAUAGUUCUACAUUUUUUGAAUAAACCAAACUGUUAACAGUUAUUGUAGCGUAAAGGAUGGUGAUGUAGAGCCUACACUCUGUACUUAGGAGUCUGACCAGGAGGAGGGAGCAGUGGGUGUGGCAGCUGUUUGGUGGGUGAAAGAGAAAAAGUGAUACAGAAAACAAUGUUUUUGCCUUAUUUACAAAGAGCUUCAAAAAAAAGUGCUUGACCUGCAAGAUGCCACCUUUGCACAGAGUAUAUUUAUUUUUUCAUUUGAUUUGUAUCAUGUAUUUCCUUUGUAUCGCUCACAGCGAUGAUUCCAGCUUUUUAUAUACAUCUCUAUGUGUGCAUAUAUAUAUAUGUAUUUUAUAUAUAUAUGUAUAUGUGUGAUUUGAAUUUCAACCAGCUGGUGGUUUGGGCAGGGCUGUGUCCUGCCAGCUACUGUGGUUCCAACCCUUGUGGUAUGAUUUGAGGUCUCUUAGAGGAGAGCUGUGGGAUGGGUACCCUGAGCGUCUUUUCAGAAUUGAGCCUCUAAUCUCUCGAUUGAAUCAGUGAAGCGCCCAAAAAGGGUGAGAGGAAAAAGGUUUCAAACGAUGCCUUUUUACUGUACAAAAGUUCAGCUUUUGUCUCUCCCCUGUAUGUGAACCUGUGCUGGUUUGAAGGUAAACUAGCUGGAGAAAUUAACCCCCACACAAAUACCUUGCAAGAGAUUUCAAGUCAGAGUUACAAUUUAAUAGAAAGAUUAUAAUAAAUGCAGUGAAUACAGAAAGUCUGGCUUAAAACCUCCAGAGUACAACCUGACAUCCUGUUGGUCAGAGUGGCGGUAGCAGUCCCAAUUAAACGGUGGUUGCAGUCCCAGUGGAGUGAUGGAUGUGGUCUUGUCAAAAGCAGUGGUCCUGUGAAAAGGUCUGGUCCUUCUCUGGAUGUCCAGUGGUGGUGGCUGUGUCCAAGUCCCCAAACCCCCAGAUUCUAUACCCUCCAAGUCCAGGCAGGAAUGUUCAGUCCCUCCCUCAGGGCAGGGAGUUUCACAGUGGAACAAUGUAAUCCUAUGAGUCAUAGGACAUUUUGGGGAGUCCUUGAUGACCCAUUGGCAGAGAUGACCCCCCUUAGGCUGGGUGUAGUUGUCACUUUGUGAAGACAAAGAGAACACUACCCAGCUCACAGCUGUUACAAAUGGCCCACCAUUAAUACUUCAUCAGGAAUAGUGUAGAUGGGUGUAGAAUACAUGGUUUGGCUACACCCAUACUGGUACUUUCUCCUGUAACCACUGACAGAACCUAAAACCAACCAGUUAUAGCUCACUUCUAAAAGCCAUUUUCCUCCUGUUGCCUGCUCGAUACCAGUUCUUGUCUGACGCAGGGUGCAGGUAUCACGUGUUAAUGCUGGCUUCUUGUGUUCUUGCUGGAAGGGCAGACCCGCAGCCAGCCUCUUCCUGCUGAAAAGCUUAGACCAGCCUCACCUCAGCUGCCCUCUUGUCUGUCUCUAGAAUUCCUACCAUGAGACAGUACAAUCUCUUUGAGUGAUUUUUGUGCACUUUGCCUGUGUAUGGUUAGAGCAGAAAAAGGUGUGAGGCUCAUUUAAGAGUUUGGAGAGGAAGGGCUGUUUGCUAGCACUGUGAAUAACUGUGGAAUCUCCCCGGGGGGGGGCAGAGGAGGGAAGAACUCAAGACUCAACAGUUCUGUUUGUACUGUAAUUUCUAUUGAGUAUGGAAGAAUGACCUUUUGUACCUGAUCUAACUGUGGACCUUGCCAAAUCUGAUUUUGAAAAAGAGGACUGUAAAUUCUUGAGAUGAAGAAAGGAUUGCUGACAUCUUAAGUUAACUUCUUAGUUUGAUUCAUGUAACUCAGACUUUAAUGUGCUUGAAUAUAGUAAAAAAUACAUUACAGUCAUAAAUGGGACAUUAAAAGGUUUUUAAAAGCUCCUUUCCCCCUAAAGGUCGGUAUUCUUGUGUUUACAUAUGAAGAUCAUUUGCACCUUUACAAGGAAAACAAGUAUUCUGUAAACAAAUGUUUACAUGUAUCAUUUAUGCUUUUUUCUAGCAUGAGUAACUUGUAUAAAUAGUGCUAUCUUAAUAAAUUUCUUCUAUGCUGUU